GCAGGCGCGGGGUGAGCGGGAGGAAGGCCGAGCCUCGGCCCCGCCGCCAUGUGGCCCCCGGACCCCGACCCCGACCCGGACCGGGACCCGGAGCCCCCAGGCAGUUCCCGGGCGGGCGCGGCGGUCCCCGGGCUCCGCGCCCUGCUGCCGGCGCGCGCCUUCCUCUGCUCGCUCAAAGGCCGCCUCCUGCUGGCGGAGUCGGGGCUCUCGUUCAUCACCUUUAUCUGCUAUGUGGCAUCCUCAGCAUCUAACUUCCUCACGGCACCUCUGCUGGAGUUCCUGCUGGCCCUCUACUUCCUCUUUGCUGAUGCCAUGCAGCUGAACGACAAGUGGCAGGGCUUGUGCUGGCCCAUGAUGGACUUCCUGCGCUGUGUCACUGCGGCCAUCAUCUACUUCACCAUCUCCAUCACAGCCGUCGCCAAAUACUCAGAUGGGGCGUCCAAAGCAGCCGGGGUAUUUGGCUUCUUUGCCACCAUUGUGUUUGCAAUUGAUUUCUACCUGAUCUUUAAUGAUGUGGCCAAAUUCUUCAAACAAGGGGAGUCCACAGAGGAGGCCACAGCCCACAGGGCAGAAGAAGAGAAUUCCGACUCGGACUCAGACUGAAGGCCUGGCCGUGCCCUGGCAGCCCAGGCCACACAGGCCUUCACCCCUGCACCUUCUGACAGGGCUGGCUGGGAGCGCAGCCAAGGGACACGGCGUGUUGAAGGGAGGCUGUGGCUGCUGAUGGGGUGGGCCUCCCACAGCUCCAAGGCUGUUCCUGAGCCCAGCAUAUGAGACUGCUCCCAUUAGCACUGUUUAACCACUCUGAGCGUGGUGAGGGUGUCGUGAAUGUUCCACCCCUUCUCCCCAUUUCUCUCCCACAGACCUUAAGCUGUUUACCUCUCUGCCAAAAAAACCACAAGGAGACAAAGCAGACAGUCACCACCUGCCACAGGCAGCAUUUCAUGCUGCAAGGGGGGGGCCUCUCUAGGGGAUGGCCAUCUGUGUUUCACUAUAAGGAUCAAGAAGACAGAAACCACUGCAGGGACCGGUGCUUUUGUCUGCAUCUGGUACUCCUGCUCAUGCCAGAUGCUUUGUUGAGAGUGACCCCGAAAAUGUUCUGUUCCAGGCGCACUAGUCCCCACUUCAUUCUGGAAGAAGGGAGAAAACUGACCUUUGCCUUAUCAUCUAGAGAGUAGGUCUCAGUGCCCAUAACUGACACAUCAUGCCCUGGGAAACUUUGUCUUUUUCAGGUGAGAUGACUAUUCUGGGUCUAAGACUGUUUCAAAGAAGAGCUCAUAGACUAGCUUACUGGGUCCAAAAGACAGAGGGCACUGAACAAUGAUGUAGCAGUGACAGCGUCAGGGUAGCUGAAUGGGCCCAGCCAAAACUUUGUGCUUCCUGGGGGUGAGAGGUUCCUGGGACCCCCCAGACAGUGUGCUUCUGAACACUAGAGCAGGUCUACUGACCACCUUAUCCUCAUGAGAGGUGAGACGAGCCUUCUGUGUUCACCUAAGGACUUAUACUGUGUAUGUAUCUAUGAUGGGAUUUUGUAACUUUUUAUACGUUUUUUAUACAAAAGCAGCUUCCUAACAAAUAGUAUUUUCUGUGAACCAAGAGGCCUCAUGAAAUGAGCCUGAGUUCUGGAGCCAUGUUUCGGGCAUUUGUAACCUUGUUCUCUUGCAUGUGACUCUCCUGCCCUGAAAAAA